UGAUGUGUGGCAUCUGAUGCGAUUUACUGCGUGGCACACGCGCACCAGUGCAUCUGCAAGAUUUAGCGGUAAAACCAAGCAGUAGUUCUUCUCCCCGUCACAGCGCUUAUUUUUAUCAUACCGCUUCUUAUCAAGGUCUUCAGCAAAUCUAAUGCACCAGUUAUCUGCUCCUAACGGCAAAUUCAAUCUCACGUUCUCGUUACAGCUAUUCGUACAGAAGAUGACCUUUUUAGCAACCUGGAAAACUUUGAAUGGCCGUUACCUACGAUGCAUUUUCAUUAUAAUUAGUGCAGCAAUAUGGCAGUCUGAUGGAUUCGGAGCACGUCCCUUUGGAAGCUCAUCAUCGUCCUCAAAUGGAGUUGUAAACACUGCUUCCGCUGAGCAAAGUCUCCUGGCAUUUAUCUACAGCUGCAUGGGCGCCACGUCUAAUGCGGCACUUGGAUGUCCGUGUGCCGGUAACGGAAGGCGUUGUAAGGAUUCUUUGUCCAUAUGCCAGAAUUUCAAGUGCAUUUGCGAUUCGUCAAUUAGCACGACAGUUGGCGGUCAGUGUGUUGCCAUUGCCAGUUUAACAAACAGCGAGACAACUACUUCGACCACCACGACCACAACUUCGACAACCACGACUCCGGCAACCACGACUCCGACCACCACCACCACUACAACUACCACCACUACUGCGCCUGCAGGUUGCCCCGCAAACUCAGACAGUGCUCUUCCAAUGGGAUUUAGCAAUACUUGCACCGGCGCUACCUGUACCUCCCAAACAACCACCCCCCCAACUCCAUGCGCCACUGGAAAUAUUGCUUACCCUGUAAAGGCGUCACCCCUGUCGAAUACUGACAUCCUCAACAUUUUAAAUGCGCAUAAUAACUAUCGGCGAACUGUUGUUGCCAAAAAUAUGCAGAAACUUGCAUGGGAGUCCUGUGCUGCCAGUAAUGCUCAAACAUGGGCCGCAAGCUGUCCGACGGGUCAUGACUUUGUGACGAAUGGUGUAUCACAAGCGAAUGCACGUAAAGUACCAGAUUAUUCAGGCGGUUGCGGUCAGAACAUUGCCUGGGGUUAUAAUUCGUGGACCGACGCUGUUAAAGGAUGGUAUGACGAAGUGAAAGAUUUCACAUAUUGCAGCGCAAACAACGUUUUUUCCAAAGUGGGACACUACACUCAAUUAAUGUGGGCCGACACGGCGAAAGUAGGGUGUGGAUACUACGAAUGCCCAACUGAUAUUACCGUUAAUGGUUUGACACUGAAAGCCCCAGUAAAGACUUAUGUCUGCAAUUACUGCCCUCCCGGAAAUGGUGGAAACUUGAACUGCCCAUGGCAGUCUGCCGAUUCGUCAACCAAAUGCUCAGCUUGCCCAACAGGAAAGAAAUGUGCAACCGGUGACUGUCUCUGCGCAUGACGACCCGCUUUUACCGGCUGCUACAUGUUAUUCCAAAUUGUAAACCACCAACGCGUAUUAUGCAACAACCUAUGUAUACAUAAACAGAAACCAAAAACAACUGAUCGGAAUUUUGCAAUGAUAAGACGCGGCGAUGGUGUGUACAGUAUGUAUUCUGGGUUAAGGAAAAUGCAUUAACAAUAAAGUUAGA